AUGUCUGCUAAAGACUGGGCCGACUUUGCGGAAGGGGGGAGCGAUUGGGAUCUAGGUGACAAGGCACGGGCGGUCCUGCUUGGUCCUGGCGAUGUUCUGGUCAUGGGACCCGGAACAGUCCAUGCUGUUCUUACCAUGGGCGACUCGGGCCCAUGUCUGAUGACUGGGGGCUCUUUCUGGGAUGGCAAUGACCUUUUGCAUCUCUUGGAGACGCUGUGCUGGAUCGGAGUCAACCAAGGUGCUACGAAUGAGGCGUUGGCAUAUCAGCUGGCCCCGGUGGUAUCUGCAUUGGAAGAAGUGGUGCUUGGCAAUCGCGGUCAUUAUCUCCCGAAGGAAAGCGACGGCCAGCGGUUUGGAGAGCUUGUGAAGACCUUACAAGAUUUAGGAUGCGCCUCCUUUUGUGUAUCGCAUGCGGCUAACAUGACUAACCUGCCUCCCUGUAUGGAAGAAGCCUGA